GGCAAAGGGAAGGAGGAGACUGAGUGAUUAAGUCAUCCACUGUGAGAGCUGGUCUUCUAUUUAAUGGGGGCUCUCUCUGCCCAGGAGUCAGAGGUGCCUCCAGGAGCAGCAAGAGCAUGGCCGAGGAUCUGGGACUGAGCUUUGGGGAGACAGCCAGUGUGGAAAUGCUGCCAGAGCACGGCAGCUGCAGGCCCAAGGCCAGGAGCAGCAGCGCAUGCUGGGCUCUCACCUGCUGCCUGGUGUUGCUCCCCUUCCUUGCAGGACUCACCACCUACCUGCUUGUCAGCCAGCUCCGGGCCCAAGGAGAGGCCUGUGUGCAGCUCCAGGCUCUAAAAGGACAGGAGCUUGCACCUUCACAUCAGCAAGUUUAUGCACCUCUUAGAGCAGAUGGAGAUAAGCCAAGGGCACACCUGACAGUUGUGAGACAAACUCCCACACAGCACUUAAAAAAUCAGUUCCCAGCUCUGCACUGGGAACAUGAACUAGGCCUGGCCUUCACCAAGAACCGAAUGAACUAUACCAACAAAUUCCUGCUGAUCCCAGAGUCGGGAGACUACUUCGUUUACUCCCAGGUCACAUUCCGUGGGAUGACCUCUGAGUGCAGUGAAAUCAGACAAGCAGGCCGACCGAACAAGCCAGACUCCAUCACUGUGGUCAUCACCAAGGUAACAGACAGCUACCCUGAGCCAACCCAGCUCCUCAUGGGGACCAAGUCUGUGUGUGAAGUAGGCAGCAACUGGUUCCAGCCCAUCUACCUCGGAGCCAUGUUCUCCUUGCAAGAAGGGGACAAGCUCAUGGUGAACGUCAGUGACAUCUCUUUGGUGGAUUACACAAAAGAAGAUAAAACCUUCUUUGGAGCCUUCUUACUAUAGGAGGAGAGUGAAUAUCAUUAUGUGAAAGUCCUCUGCCACCGAGUUCCUAAUUUUCUUCAUUCAAAUGUAAUUACAACCAGGGUUUUCUUGGGGCCGGGAGUAGGGGGCAUUCCACAGGGACAAUGGUUUAGCUAUGAAAUUUGGGGCCCAAAAUUUCACACUUCAUGUGCCUUACUGAUGAAAGUACUAACUGGAAAAAGGCUGAAGAGAGCAAAUAUAUUAUUAUGGUGGGAUGGAGGAUUGGUGAGUUUCUAAAUAUUAAGACACUGAUCACUAAAUGAAUGGAUGAUCUACUCAGGUCAGGAUUGAAAGAGAAAUAUUUCAGCACCUUCCUGCUAUACAAUGGUCACCAGUGGUCCAGUUAUUGUUCAAUUUGAUCAUAAAUUUACUUCAAUUCAGGAGCUUUGAAGGAAGUCCAAGGAAAGCUCUAGAAAACAGUAUAAACCUUCAGAGGCAAAAUCCUUCAUCAAUUUUUCCGCAUACUUUCAUGCCUUGCCUAAAAAAAUUAACAGAGAGUUGGUAUGUCUGAUGAAUGUUCUCACAGAAGGAGUUGGUUUUCAUGUCAUCUACAGCAUAUGAGAAAAGCUACCUUUCUUUUGAUUAUAUACACAGAUAUCAAAAUAAGCAAGGAUGAGUUUUACAUGUAUAUCAAAAAUACAGCAGUUGCUUGUAUUCAGCAGAGUUUUCUUGAUCACCUAUUAUGUUCUGGGUGCUACCUUAACCCAGAAGACACUAUGAAAAACAAGACAGACUUCACUCAAAACUUGCAUGAACACCACUAGAUGCUUCCUGAUCAAAUAUCAGUCAGCAUACUCUAAAGAAUAACUCCAAGUCUUGGCCAGGCAUGGUGGCUCACGCCUGCAAUCCUAACACUUUGGGAGGCCGAGGCCGGUGGGUUAUCUAAGGCUGGGAGUUUGAGACCAGCCUGACCAACAUGGAGAAACCCUGUCUCUACUAAAAAUACAAAAUUAGCCAGGCGUGGUAGCACAUGCCUGUAAUUCCAGCUACUCAGGAGGCAGAGACAGGAGAAUUGUUUGAACUGGGGAGGCAGAGGUUAUGGUGAGCCCAGAUCACACCAUUGCACUCCAACCUGGGUAACAAGAGCAAAACUCUUUCUAAAAAAUAAAAAAUAAAAUAAUAACUCCAAGUCUUUAGAAAAUAUCAUCUGAAACAGUUACAUCAGAUUUCUGGCACUCUCCUGACUGUGGAAGAUAGCCAACUGACUGUGGAUAGCCAGCUGAUUAGUUCCCUGAAGAAACCUGAAGGCAGACACCUAGUUAACUAGAUCAACUAUAUACUGCCAACUCAUUGGAUGCUGGGAGACAAUGGACUUAUUCCCUGGAGGAGAGGAAAAAACAAGUCAAUCACCAAAUCUGAAGACGUUAACCUAGAUCUUUGAGGUUUGAUUUGCAACUUUAUAUACAGAGUAUUAUGUGGGUAUUUUUCCUUUAAAAUAUUCAAAGGGAUUUACAUAUGGGAUUAGCCAAUGAGCCUAGCCAAGACCUUCCCUGGAGGAGAGGCUGGACAUUGAGGAGGUCCCUUCUGUGUUUCAGUGGGUUCAUUCAGUGGGUUCUAGUCUGUAUGAGUUUCCUAUGCUAAUACGUCAAGGGCAGGAGAGGCAACUCUGUUCUCUUAGCCUUUGUUGACUUGCCUGUAAAGCAAGAAUCUGCCCAUUUGUUUCCAAGGAGCAAAUGAGCUCAUGAGAAUGAAACAUGUUAACUUCAUGCAUUCUGCGCCAUCUGAGCAUUUUGGCAUGAUAUGACCCUAUUAUAAAUGCUUCCUAUUCUGGGAGACCUCACAGAUGAGUCUGAGAGCAAAUUUGGCACCAAAAUCACUCUCACGCUGGUUUCCAGUAGACUGUAGAGGCAGAGAUGCAUUUGAGAGGCUCCUGAGCAGAGUGUCCAGUGUAGUAGGAGUACUUGAUCAAUAUUUCUUGAGUUAUAAUUAAAUAAAAAUUAAUUUCUGAUUUCUCAGUUUGGAGGUUAAGGUUCUAAAUAUAUUUUCUAACCUCUGCUAGGCUAACUUAAACCAGGCCUUUUUCUUGCCUUCAGUUUCUCAAAAUAGUCAGCACAGACUCAGUGGGAGCACAGAGGAGUGUGGUCACCUCCACCUGGCUCACCAGAGUCUUCAUAGAGGAAGUGAAGCCUGGAAGAAACUGGGGGGGGCCCAGAUGACCACAGGGAAAGGGCAUCUCAGAUGGAGGAAUUACCCUUGACUUAAAGCAGAAAAGAAAGAUUUCUCAGUAACUCCAAAACUUGUUUGAUGAGAGAAUAUUCCCUCAACCAAUUCCUAGGACAAUAUUUAUUGGUAGAUCAAGAAUGUUUCCUCAAUAACUCUAGUCUAGCUCCAUGAUCAGAACUAACACCCAUUAAAAGCAUAAAAUGUUCUUUCUGAACCAGUCUUCAUGGUGCAUGAGAGCACCAAGCAGCUUGGGUAUGCAGGAGGAGAUUUGCACAGAAGAGUGGCCUGCUCAAACCUGCCCACUGUUCUGUAGGUGAUCUGGUGGAUCUGGAAAUUUAUCCCAAGACAGGAAUUUCCUAAUAUUCGAAGACAAUUGAGGCUUUGGGAAAUUUUCUGCUGUGUAUUUAUUUGGCUCCUGUCGUAAGCUUGUUUUUUAAAGAAUGUAUCAUAGCUCAAGUUUUUACUGCUGAUUUUGUUAAAUUCUGUACAGUACAGUAUAUUUUUACAGAAAGGCACAGUCAGAUGUUCCUAAUAUGGCUCAUGUCAGAACUUCUGUUCCCAAGGCAUUACCUCCAUAGCAAAAAUUAGUGCACUGUUUUCAAAGUGAGGUGGAAAAGUGCUUUUAAGAUCAUGUGAUGUUCCCCCAAAAAGGGGUUAAUGGGGUGUAUUCCGGGUUUGGGAGGGAGGAAGAAGCAUGCUUUAGAAAAUAGUAAAUUUAGGGAGAAAAUGCUUUGCUGGUUAAAUGUCGCUCAAAAGGCAGAAUUCAAAUCAAUUCCACAAACAUUUGCUGAGUACCUACUGGCCCUGGGGACACAGAGAUAAAUUAUUUAGUCUCAGACGCGCUCAUUCUAACUUCCCAGCACCUCUACUGUCUACAGAUUCUUUAAUUUAUAUUGGUUGUAUCUGCUAAUUAAUUUGCUAACUUUAGGCACAUGGAUCUAUUCUCAUUAUGAAAAUGGAUGCCAUUUGAUGAAGGCUGAUGACUAACAAAAUGAUUUGUGUUUAAGUGGUUUUUAAAAAAUAGCUACUCAAGGAUAGUUUUCCAUAAAUCAAGAAGGUAAAAAACAAAAUUACCCUUUUUUAUUGUAGAAUCCAUUAUUUAAGUCACAGGUAGAGAGAGGUUAUUAUUUGCUAUACUCAAGUUUGAUCAUCAACAACCUUAAAAAUAUUGGAACUUCAUGGAUGACCCAGAAAUGCUUUGAAAAUCUGUGUUCCUCAGCAAAUACAGAGACCAUGAUCAAAAUGCACAGAACCACUAACAGUUUGAUGCUAGCAUGGUUUCAGUCUAUUUGGGAGAACAGAAUUGCUUAUGCUACUAAAAUUUCUAAUUUUAUUUCUACUAAGGUACAGUAAGAAAAGGGAAAAGUGUACCUUUUCGCUUCCUGAAAUAUGUCAGGUUGAAUCGAUAACAGAGCACACCAGAACUCUUGGUUCCAUUUCAAUCUAAACUAUUCAGUUCUCAUCACCCCAGAGGAAAUUCUGCCUCUGUGCUAGUCAAUAAUCCCCCUGAAUUAUAAAAGUUUAACUAACACUGUGCACAAGGCAUGGCCAUUGCCAGCAUUCUCUUGCAAUGUAUUUUCCCCAGCCCUUACCCAAUUCUGUUUCCAUGAUUGUGACACUGGGGAUUAAUUCUGCAGGACAGAACUAUUUAUAUUCUGUACCUUAAAAACACAUGCAAAAGUCUCUUGCCUCAAGAUUUCUGGCUUUCCUAUGGCCCAGAGUCCUAGAAGUGUUUUAAUAUUUGUAGCAGAAUUUUCAAGUGUACAUCAUUAUCCUGCAUAUUAACAUUUUUGCAUCAUAUUGGCAGCUGGACCUACAGAGAAUUUAGUAGACUGUUAACCUAAUAACCCUUGAAUCCUUUUGCACCAGUAGUGAGAGAAUGUGGAUCAGAGCCACCACAUCCAUGCCCUGUCACUCUCUAAUAACCACAUUUACAACUUCCCCAGCUCUGAAACACACUUGCCUCCACCCUUCCAUCACCCCAUUUUAAGAUGAAAAUACCAUACCAGGCUGGAUGGAAGAAGUUACUUGCCCAGGACCACAUGAUGAAUUAAGAGCUGAUCUAGAACUAGGAUGCUGUCUUCCUGAACCAUAAUCCUGGACUCUUCUAACCUCUCUACUCUUAGCAAAUAGAGUUCAUUUUAAUGAUUGGAAGGAAGACGGGAGAAGUAUUUACAAAUACCUGUAGGACAACAUGGAAGUGGGAGGAGACUUCUUCUGUAUCUCCCCAGAGAGGAGAGCUGGGGCUACAGAGUUGCAGUUACAAGGUUGCCCUCUCUGGCUUGAUCCCCAAAGGAACUUUCUGCUCCAAAAUAGAAUUUUUCUAGGAAGCUAUUUCUCAGUCACUGGAGAUACUCAAACAAAGGGCUUGUCACAAGGAUUUUUGUAGAAGCUAUUCUUCACAGAGUUUAGGGGAGAGAUUAAGCCAAAGGAUCUCUGAGGUCUUUUUCAAAUCUAUGAUUAUGUGGCCUUUUUUUCAUUGACUUCCAUGUGUUCUAGUUGAUCAUUACAAACCUGGCAGGCCUUCUCAAGAGUUCAGUAAUCUGCUAUCAUUUCCCACUUGUCCAGAGAGUGUCCAACACAAAAUACCCCUAAGAUCUUGGCCAAUAGAGAAAUGUCAUGGAAUUUUAGAGAUGACGGUAUCUGCAGUUUAUUCCAAGUUACAUCAUUUCAAGGAUGAAGAAACCCAGGCUCAGAGGGAGCCAUCACCUCCAUGCCCUAUCACCGUUGGUGGCCAGUGCCAGACAGUAGCUAGUUGGAGUGCUAAAAGUAGAAUUUAGACCUCCUAACAAUAAGCCCAGCAGUCUUUCAACUUCAUUCAUAAAUCAUUUUUAUUUUGAGGAUCUGUCACAUGGCAGCACUUACCCGAAUACUGGAGAGCUGAGAGGGAACGUGACAGGCAAGUCCUACUCUCACAGUGUAUACAUUCAGGAGGAACAAGACACACAGUGUCAAUAAAUAAAGUAGCUGAACUUCAUCAAAUGAUUUUAUUCUUAAAGUCAUUAAAGCACAUAAUGUUCCCCUUUUUUUGUUUCAGGGGUGUAAAGAUUCAACAAGUGUAGGUGUUUAUGUGGUUUUAGUGACAAACCCCAUGUGCUUUCAUUGAUUUUAUGUUUUAUGUUAAAACAUCAACCCCAAGGUAAAAUGCAUAUUGUAUGUUGUUGGAUACAUACUUAACUGGUAUGCAUCCCAUGUCUUUGGGCACUAGUGUGUAUGAAUUCUAAUCUCUGUAAAUGAAAUGUUGUAUGUGUUAAUAUAUUUAAUAGAUGUAACUUAAUAAACUGGCAUUGAAGACUGAAGAAUUUUCACACU